AUGGCUUCAAAAUUAUACUUGGAAAUCUUACAAAACAUUUUCAAAUAUCACAAAGAUGAUUUUGAAACUUUACAUUCUAUAUUACUUGUUAAUCGAUUAUGGGCGAGGGUUGUAAUAGAAAUUUUAUGGAGAAAUCCAUUCAAAUUUGCUCACAUAAAAAUAUUCCAACCAAAAAUUUAUUACGUUUAUAAGACCUACAAAGAAUUAUUAAAUAUUUAUCGACAUUUCAUUGAUGACGGGGACGGGAAAGAAUUACUUUUUGAUUAUCCUUCAUUUUUAAAGACUUUAAAUUGGAAAUAUUUAAGAUUUGAAGAAGAUGGUGUUCAAUUAUUUAGCAUGUUCAUAAAAAAGAACAAAAGGAUAUCAAAGUUAAAGAUAAAUGACCUAUCACGAGGGAAUGAGAGACUUUUUUUUAUUGACCAAGAAAUUGUACAACGAGUAACACCUUUAUCACAAAUCUCAUCUUUGAAAAUUAAUAAUAAAAAUCCUUUAUAUAUUGAGAUUUUUUCAAAUUCUCUUAAAAAUCUUAAUACCUUAAUUAUCGAUUGUUACUCUUCUAAUCACAACGGACUUUCUAAAUUUAUAAGAGUUCAAAAAAAUUUAAAGAAACUGAUCAUUAAGAGGGAAUUCCCUGAUAUAAAAGAAGGAAUAAAGUUUCAAUCAAACUCUAUUACUCAUAUUAAACUUGCUAAAAGAAAAUAUUUAUGGAAAAAUAAUUCGUUAAUUAAUUUACAAUAUUGUAUAAAUUUAGAACUAUUGGAAUUUUCUAAUUGGAAUUUAGAUAAUGAAGAUUCGCAAUUACUUUUAAGAAUGAACUUUCCAAAUCUAAAAUCUUUAAUUUUUGAUUAUUCUACACUAGAUUGUGAGGAUUUAAUUAGUAUAAUCAAAGUUCACGGAUCCAAUUUGAAAUAUUUGUGUAUUAAUGAUUGCAAAUUAGAUCUUGAUUUAAUAGAUUUAUCAAAUAUCAUUAACCAAUUUUGUUCUCAAUUAUCAACUUUUAGAUUUCAAACGCAUUUGAAAUAUACGAGGAAUUGUAAGUAUUCAAAAAUUAAAAUUUUAAAAGAUUUUAUAUUAAAGUUGGAAACUUUCCAAUUGGAAUUUUUAGAUUCAGAUGAUCGGUCAUUUCUUGAAUUUAAAGCUCCUUUGAAUUGGGAAAACAUUAUUAUCAAAUUUAAUAAUAUAGCAUAA